AGCACAAGGCUCGCAGCAGUACUAGCGAGUUCAUCUUCUUCCUCGGCGGGACGGCGGCGUGGAGGAAGUGACAAGAGCCGAGAGUUCCUGACCCUUCCGCGCUUCGUCCGAGUUUGCGUCUCUCCUCGAGACCGUAACUGAUACCAGGCAUGGAUGCAAAGAACUCUGGCAACGGGCAACAAACUCAACAGAAGAUUACAAUGACAGAAGAUGCACCGAGUCAAGAUCAGGAGACAUUGGUUGCAGGCUCAGAUAUUGCUGUAAGUCCAGUCAACGGUCAUGGAUCUGGAGAUGUGAACAUGGAAGCUGCCAUCUAUGCUGAGGAUGUCAUGCGAGCUGGUGGCUUCGGAGCCAAAGACGACAUCGGCAGCCUCCUUCCCACAGCAAUAGAUUCCACUGAUUUUGAGGCCUCGCUGCGGGAUGCUCGUGACUUUGAAGGUGAGAGUGAAAAACCAUCGCAUCCUGGACUAGGAUACAAUCCAAAUAAAACUGACAGUGGAGGCAAACCAUCAGAUGUGCAGCAGCAGCAGUGAUCCGUACUUCCGUAGUAUGUUUCUUCUAGAACACAAUUUGAACUUCGGAUGAACAUGGAUUCACGUUCCUCAAGUGUUCCUAGAUUGUUCUGUUACUGACUUGCGUAUGUGCCAUCUUUGUUGUUUCCCUGAUGUAUGAAUGUCGAUUCUGCUUUAUGAACCAGAUCGUUUAACCGUGUAUAACUAAGUAUUGAUGCUGGUACUGUGUGACAGUUUUCAUCAUGAGUCGAUUAUCUGCUGGUGACUCUGGUUACAGUAUGCAG